CGUCUGUAAACGUAGACCAUGGACAUUUAUCUCGUUUUGAAAAGCCGGGAAUACUACUUAAGUGAGAAAAAACACGUACGAUGUGCGCUGCGUUAAUGCUGCGGCAGUGCUGCACUCUACUCCCAUCUGGUCCCAUUCAGCUCCCAUUGUACUAUCAUGUGUUAUUGUGAGUGUUUAGGUGGUUGUUACAGUUUUAGUGUGUUGUCUCGAAUUCAAUGGAAAUGUUUUAUUGUAAAGGAAUCAAUAUCAUCUACGUCAACAGCGAUAUGAAACUCAUGUGUAAUAGUUAGCUGGGAGUUGUUUAUAUAAAUCUACAUUUGUUUUGUUGUUAUGAAGCGAAAGCUGGAAGAAAACGGUGAAGGCGAAGGACUACCCAAGCACGUGUAUGGUGGACCUAUGCAACAUUAUGGGGGUUGGCAACCAAGAGGUCAAGGAAAUAUGCGGGGUGGUUCUGGCGCCGGCGGUGGGGGCGGAGGAGGAGGAGGAGGUGGAGGAGGAGGAUUUAGAGGUGGAAGAGGUGGCCCUUGGAGGGGACCUCGGAUGCCAAAUAACCAUGGACCUCGGGGAUUCUUUCGUGGAAAUCGGGGACGAGGGGGUCCAACUAGGUUCCCCUAUGACAAUUCACAACAAUUUAAACAGCAAUGGCAUCAACAACAGUUUCCUCAUGAACAUCACCAUCAACAUUCAGAAAAUGACAACAGUGAAAUGGGCUCUACACAAGGGGGAAAUAACUGUGUGAAUUGUGCCCAAGUUAUCGGCAAUAUGGGUUGCCAUUGCAAUGAGAGGAGAGAUGUUAAUAAUCAAAGUGGAAAUAGUGCUAAUACAAAUUUUACAAGUGAUGCAAAUAACCGUACUGCGAAUUCUCUUGGCACUGUGCUUGAGGAAGGGUCUUACACAAAAACAAAAGUAAAGAGGCGUCCCAUGUCACAAAAUUAUUCCUCUAGACCAUGGAAUAAGGAGGAUGCUGCAAAAGCAUUGGCUGUAGAAACAGCUCAUAUGAAGGGAAUGAAAAAUGAAAGUCUGAUAAUUAGGUUUCCUGAUCCUGAAUUAACUAAGGAUAUGGUGAAAAACUUCCAUUCGGGAAUUGAAAAUGUUCAUUUCCAAGUUCCAAGUAGUCCCAGGUAUUGUUUUGUUCAGUUGGCAGAAAAUGUUAAUCCUGAUGCAGCAAUUAAAGAGCUUUCAAAAAUAAAAUUUGGAAAUGGGAAACUUUUAGUUGAAAAAAAAUUUUCAAAGGAAGAAGAAGAUCUUAAACCUGAAGCAAUAGAUCCAUAUACGUUGUAUAUUGGAAAUUUGCCAACAAAUGUUAAUGUUGCGACUGUGAAAGAGAAAUUUCCUACUGCUUCAAGAGUUGAUGUUGGAUUUGCCCAAAGAAUGAAAUGGACAAGAUAUGCAUUUAUUCGUUACACAUCGGUUGAUGAUGCAAUAGAGGCCUUCACUCUCAAUCAUGACUUAAUGCUGGAAUCAAGAAGCCUUAUAGUUAGAUUUCGAAGAGUCCGGGGUCCGAUAGGUUUGCCUGGAGAGAGUCGACAACAAAAGCCUCCAAAGACUGCAAAAAAAGAAGCUGUAAAACCAAAGAAGGAAAAAGAAAAGAAUGACUCUGGGAACUCCAAAGGAGAAACACUAUCUCGCCGACUGUUUCAACAAAUAGAUGCACAAAUUCAGGACUUGGAUUAAUCUUUCCGUUGAGUGAGAUGUGAUGAAAUUGUGCAUUUUAAUUAUAUGUGUUGAAAUUUGGAGUAAUUGGCACGUUUUAAGUGCUUAUUACGCUUCCUAGCUUCAUAUAUGAAAGAAAAAGACUUCAUUAGAAGAAAUAGGACUUCAUUUUUACACAACUGCAUUGAUUUUAAUAUCCCACAAUUGUAAACAUAUUGGAAAGUGAUGUGUAUGUGAAUUAUUGCUUAAAAUUGACUGAAUAACAUACACAUAGAGAACAGUGUACCUCGUCUUUGAUGUGAUCUUCAGUUUUCUUUUUGUGGUUAUGAUUAGUUGGUCAACAAUUUUUAUUUCCCCCGUAAUGUUUGAAUUACUGUUAUUGUCUGAGUUUCCUUAAUUUUUUUAUUGUAAUGGUAUGUUCAAUUGCAUAGUAAGUAGCUUUAAAGAAUUAUACAGUGGUUCAAAAAAAAUAUAGAAUCUUAUUGUCCCUGUAUAAUGAUACAACUAAUGUAACAACAUGGAAUUCUUAAUGUAUGGUUGAAUGCUUACAUUAAAAAUAAUAUUAUUUGGAACUUCAAUAGAGAGGUAUUUUAAUGAGAAUUUCUGUUCAGUGGUUACAAAAUGCAGUUGGACCUCCAUAUAUUGAUGUUUUGUCUUCAAGAAAAUGUAAUUUAUUAAAAUAUGGUAGACUAUGUGUUGUAGGUAACUUUUUGAAAGAAAUUGCUGUCUUAGACAACCUAUGAGAUAUAUUUCUAUGUUAACCCUUCAAUGUGUAGCCUGGGUUGGGUGCAGUAGUGUUCCAAGGUGGGUGAAUGGAAAAAAGCAGUGACUUCUCUAUGGAAUCAAGUAGUCAGCAAAGUGAAUUCUAAAGAGUCUCCAGACGGCAUCUCGUUGCCAAGGGUAAAAAUUGAUACCUGCAAAUAAGAGUGAAAGGAAUGUGGUGUUAAAACUUAAUAACACUUGAAAUUAACUUAAAAAGGGUAUAAAUUAAUUUGCAUAUACCUGUAUUUAAAAGUAUGUAGCACAUACGUUGGUGACCACAUAAGACUUAUACACUACUAAUUUUACAAAUACAAAUCAUCUUGUUUCCUACUACACUUUCUUUACUUUUGAGUUGACAGAAUUGAAAAGACUUACGUAUUUUCCCGAAUAUAAGACGAGUUUUUUUUCUCUGAAAUAUCUCAGUUAAAAAAUUUGGGGUCAUCAUAUAUUCACAGAUUAAGUCUAGUCGGUUAGUGUUUAAGUUUUUACAUUGCCAUUCCAUGUCAUUCAUAAAUGUUACGAAACAAUAAAUUGCAAAGAUGUUAAAAAAAUUGCGCAUACAUGCAACGAUAUCUGUACAUAAUUAAAUUCGUGUUCAUUUUCUUGGAAUCCACUGCAAAUUUGAGCAGCCCGAUGUUUUUUAAUGAGCCUGUAAAGAGAGAGUUUCAAUACGAAUGUGGCAUUCUGUCAAAUGAAAUGUUAUGUGAAAGCGAAUGCCAUGAUUUUGUUACACAUUGUAGAUUCAGCAAGUGUGAGGUGAAUAGAAAAUCUGGCAGCACACAAGGGAAUGUUCUUAGGUGGCAUCUGAUGAACAACUAAGUACAAUCUAAAUCUGAACCUUUACAAGCCUUAAAAAAAUUUUGUCCCGUGAAGUGAAAUGACAUUUUAGCAGCAUUAAAACAGAACCUGUCCAACGCGGAAAUGGAAGGGUUUUUAAUGUCCUGCAGUGAAAAAACUAUAAAACGCAAUUACUGUGAAUGUAAUGUGAUUGGCAGAGGGACAAAGAAUUUCUUAAUGGAAUAAAUACAUCUGCAAGUCUGUUUUAAUUUCUCUGUCCUUGUGAUAGGCGUUUCUGUGGCAGACAAAGAGAUAGGGUGAGCUUCAGUGAAAGGCGUCAGCUGUCAGCGUAAAAUUCGACCUGGCCUUGCUUGUCUCGAGCUGCAUGCAAGGGAUUUCCCUCCCUCUCAGGAUCUCUGAGCAUGGGAAUUUGUUCGAGCAUGACAUCUGUUUACACAUCUCAUGAGAAUCAUAACCUCUCGACCAGUGGCCACAUUGAUCAAGACCAUGAGAGGGUAUCAGUAAGACACAGUACACUGGGCUGUGAUGGAUUGUGUGUUGAAGAGAUGAUGAGCAGUCCAGCUGCAGCCACUAUAGUCUGAGAUGGUGAAUUUUUAUGACCAGUUUAACAGUGGGCAGAAAAAACAAAACUAAAUAUUAGUUUGUCAACUUCUAAAAACCUUAUAGGAAAGGAAUUAGUAAGUGGGAAACCAAAAAGCAAAAAACUCUAGAUAACUGUUGGAAAAAUUAUAUUAUUUUAGUUCACAAGUUUUGAAGAUUUUCCUUACAGUUCUCGGAAAUGUGUUUAAUAUUAAUUUAUUGGUGAUUUCUUCCAUAAAUAUGUUAUAUGCAAAUAUCUUUAUGAUUACAAUAAAGUCAUGUAAUAUA